AUGCAGCGCAUCUUCCGCACUUCUUUUCGCUGCUUCUCCACAUCCAUUCCGCGUCACGAGAUCAAAGACGUUGGCGCUUUAUCUCAGCGCCUGAUACCAAAAUACCAAGAAUCUUGUGAUGGGGAGCUCCUAUCUCUUCAGUGGCCGGCACCGCCACGCAACAUCUUCCUGGUGCGCAAGGAUUGCGCCCCAGCUGUGACCGAUUCUUUGAUUGAAUUCGUCAAUCAUAUUUCCUCCGCAUACCCAUCCAUCCGAGUUAUUCUCGAGUCGAAGACCGCCGCCGAAGUACAUUCGUCACUCUCUUUUCCAGUCUAUUCAGCCUGCCUCGACGAGAAUCCAACCGCAUUACAUGAGAAAGUUGACCUUACGGUUACUUUAGGCGGGGAUGGCACUAUAUUACAUGCCUCCUCGCUUUUCGCAACCUGCUCAAAUGUGCCGCCCGUCUUGUCGUUUAGCAUGGGCACACUAGGCUUUCUGAGUGAAUGGAAAUUCUCAGAAUUCAAAAGAGCCUUCCGAGAGGUCUACAUGUCUGGGGCUGGGGCAGGAGACCGCACCCCUGCGCUUGAGAAGUCCACAGGAACGGAGUUGUCAGGGCAUGAAUCCGAGAUGGGCCCAACUGGAUGGUCCUCUGUUCGGGGCAAAUCUAUGGGCUCAACACGCGGGGCACGCAUUCUUAUGCGCAAUCGGUUGAAAGUUGGGCUCUUUACCGCCGACGGCGCCGAGACUACCCCAAUCCGGACCAAAACAGACCAGGGUCAGGGGGUUUAUGUGAUGAACGAGCUCCUCAUCCACCGUGGCAAGGAACCACACUUGGCAGUGGUGGAUGUGUUUGUUGGUGGGCGCUUCCUGACCGAAGCAGUGGCUGAUGGCAUUAUCAUCUCCACCCCGACCGGGAGUACUGCAUACAGCCUCAGCAGUGGGGGGAGCAUUGUGCAUCCGCUAGUCCCAGCCAUUCUCUUGACGCCGAUCUGCGCUCGUAGCCUCAGCUUCCGUCCAUUGGUCCUCCCCUCCAGCACGCCGAUCACACUGCGACUCAGCGAGAAGAACCGCGGGCGCGAACUUGAAGUCAGUCUGGACGGGGUCAAUCUGGGCCAAGGGAUGGCAGUUGGCAUGGAAGUUCGAGUUUGGAAUGAGGAGAUGCGUCAUGGCGAGAAUGAAUGGCAGGGUGGUGUACCCAGCGUUAUGCGGAGAAGUGUGGGCUGUGAGGCCCACGAAGGACAAUAA